AUGAAUUUCCUUACAUUUUUUGCUAUUAUAGUAUCAGUUCAAGGUGCUACAUCUAUUGGAUGUUAUUCAUCGAUAUCGGGUAAGAAAAGUGAUACUUUCAUGUAUCAAUCAUCUGAUCAUUGUUUGUCACAAUGUCCAGAUUCUCCAUAUAUAGCCAUGACACAAGGUAAUGUUUGUUAUUGUCUUUCAAGUAAACCAAGUGAUGAAACUGAUUCUUCAGAUUGUGAUACCGAUUGUUACGGAUAUGGUCAAGAAAAAUGUGGUGGAUCCAGUGCUUACAGUGUUUAUGUAGGAAAUGGUGAUGCAAGUGAUGAUGAAAGUAGUGAUGAUACAUCGGCAACUGGUCAAAGUUCUUCAACUAGUUCAACUUCUUCUACUUCAAGUGCUUCAUCAACUAGUUCCACAAGUUCAUCCACAUCAGUUACCAAAACCACAUCGGAAGAUUCUUCUAUAACUGAAUCACCUACUUCAGCUACUGGUGAAGUUAUAACUACUUCAAGUUCAGGUGGAAGUGUAGUAGUAAAGACUGUUACUCAAAGUGCUGAAGCAACACCAUCAUCAUCAUCAACAUCUGAUUCUAAAUCUGAUGACAAAUCUUCCAAAUCUACUAACAUAGGUCCUAUAGUUGGAGGUGUAGUUGGAGGUAUAGCAGCAGUAGCUAUUGUUGCUGGAGUAAUAUUUUUCUUGAUCAGAAGAAAAAGAGCUGAAGAAGAAGAAGAAGAUGACGAAGAAUUUUUCGAUAAACCAAUGGUUGGUGGAUCUAUCAAACGUAAUAAUUUUGGUACUGGGAAAUCCAAGAAAUCCAUUAAAUCUAAUGCUUUAGAUAUGCCAAUGACUAAUCCUUUUACUCAUCCAUCUGAUCCACUUCCAAAUAGUGGAUUAACUGAUCCAAGAUUAAAUCCUAUAAUGUUGGGUAGAAGAAGAUUAAGUGAAGGUUCAUUAGCUGAUGAAACAGAUUACUCAAGAAAAAUUUUACAAGUAGCAAACCCUGAUGGUUUAUAA